UCUGAAAAAUAAAUUUUCAAAAAAAGAAAUAAAUUAGGGUUCCACACUUGCUUUGUUUGAAGAAAGGAGAUAUUGAUGGACUCGUCAACGCCUGUUCCUUCGUUGCACUUGGCGAUGGCGGCGUUAGUUGGAGCUUCGUUAAUGGCCGUUUCCGCUUUCUUUAUCCACAGACGCAGCGUCGACCACGUCAUCGAUCGCCUCAUCGAGAUCCGCCGUGAUUUUCCGCCGCGGGUUAGACGGUCUCGGAGUCGUGUCGUUUCCGAUGAGGAAGAAGAGGAUGAAGAGGUGGAUUACGGACGAGAUGAUAGACUACCCGAAGUGGAUCGGUGCCGGAACCAUGGAGCGAGUGAGGCUAAGUCUUUUGAUAAGAAGACGGAGGUGUCGAUGAGUUCCCGCAUUUCCAGCUCGAUGCCUAACGUGGCUUUGCGUAAUGAGUGGUUCGAGGAGGAUGCUAAGUUUGAUCAGGCUGUGAGGGAAAGAGUUCAGAAUUGCUCUGCUUCCUCGCUUGAGAAGCUUAACUUUAUUCCUUCGGGUCUUCCUCCUCUUGAAACGUCUGGGAGAGGAGAGAGUAAAACUUUCAGUCACGGUGGUUCCACUACAAGGUUGGCUACCUAUGGUCGGCUAAUGACUCCAAGGUCUCCUGGUGGCAAUGUUGCUGGGGAUUCUGACGAUGAAGGGACAGAGGCUGCAGAUGAGGAUGAGAUUCUUUUUGCCAGCAAAAAUAUUGAUGUUAAUGCAAAUUUAUUAAAGGAUGUUGCUACAAAAGUUCAAAAUUCCUAUUCUGUUCCGAUUAGAGGUGAUAGUGUGAAUCGUGUUCAGGACAAGACUUAUAAAGCUACUGGGAAUGAAGAAAAAUCUAGUGUUAAUAUUGUUGGAAAGGGAAACGUGGAUUCAUCUUCAGUUGGCAUAUUUGAGAAUGAUCAUGUUUUUGCAAAGACUAGUUUACUUCCUAGAAGCACAUUGCAUGAUUCAACAAAUGUAGAAGAGGAGGAAGUAAGGAAGAUGGUACAGGAGUGCUUGGAAUUGCGAGACAAUUAUGUUUACAGGGAGGAGAUUGCUCCAUGGACAAAGGAACCUGUGAAGGAACCUGGCACUCCAAAGGCGAGAUGUGAUCCAUUUCACUUUGAACCUGUUGAAAAAUCAGCGCAUCAUUUUAGGAUGGAAGAUGGAAUUAUUCAUGUUUAUGCAAGUGAAAGUGACACUGUUGAGCUUUUUCCUGUUGCGAGCUCAACAACAUUUUUCACUGAUAUGCAUCACCUCCUAAAAGUCAUGUCAGCUGGAAAUGUUCGCUCUGCUUGCCAUCACCGUCUAAGGUUUCUUGAAGAGAAGUUCCGCCUUCAUCUGUUAGUAAAUGCAGAUAGGGAGUUUUUGGCUCAGAAGAGUGCACCACACAGGGAUUUCUACAAUAUCCGGAAGGUUGAUACACAUGUGCAUCAUUCUGCUUGCAUGAACCAGAAACAUCUGCUUAGCUUCAUCAAAUCAAAACUUAAAAAGGAACCUGAUGAGGUUGUUAUAUUUAGGGAUGGAAAGUAUAUGACGUUGAAAGAGGUUUUUGAGAGUUUGGACUUGUCUGGAUAUGAUCUCAAUGUUGAUUUGUUGGAUGUUCAUGCUGAUAAGAGUACCUUUCAUCGAUUUGACAAAUUCAAUCUUAAAUAUAAUCCUUGUGGGCAAAGCAGGCUUAGAGAGAUCUUUUUAAAGCAGGACAAUCUUAUACAAGGACGUUUUCUGGCAGAAGUUACAAAGCAAGUGCUAUCAGACCUUGAAACAAGCAAAUAUCAGAUGGCAGAGUACAGGGUGUCCAUAUAUGGAAGGAAACAAAGUGAAUGGGACCAGUUGGCAAGUUGGUUUAUUAACAAUGAAAUUUAUAGUGACACUACAGUUUGGUUAAUCCAGCUACCACGAUUGUAUAAUGUGUACAAGCAAAUGGGAAUUGUAAAUUCUUUUCAGAAUAUUCUGGACAAUGUUUUUAUUCCACUAUUUGAAGUUACAGUCGAUCCAAACUCUCAUCCUCAAUUGCAUGCGUUCCUAAAGAUGGUGGUUGGCUUUGAUUUAGUUGAUGAUGAGAGUAAACCAGAGAGGCGUCCUACAAAGCACAUGCUGACUCCCAAUGAAUGGACCAAUGAAUUUAAUCCUGCAUAUUCUUAUUAUGCCUACUACUUUUAUGCAAACCUGUAUACGCUCAACAAGCUUCGUGAGUCAAAAGGAAUGCAAACGAUAAAACUCCGACCUCACUGUGGGGAGGCUGGUGAUAUUGACCAUUUAGCUGCUGCUUUCCUUCUGUGCAACAAUAUAUCCCAUGGGAUUAAUCUCCGGAAAUCUCCAGUUUUGCAGUACUUGUAUUACCUUGCACAGGUUGGAUUGGCCAUGUCUCCUCUGAGCAAUAAUUCCCUUUUCCUGGACUAUCAUCGCAACCCAUUUCCUUCCUUCUUUCAGCGUGGGCUUAACGUUUCACUUUCAUCUGAUGAUCCUUUGCAAAUUCAUUUGACAAAGGAAGCUCUUGUAGAAGAGUACAGUGUUGCAGCACAGGUUUGGAAGCUCAGUGCUUGUGACUUAUGUGAGAUUGCUAGAAAUUCUGUAUACCAGUCUGGAUUUUCGCAUAUGUUAAAGUUGCAUUGGCUCGGGAACAAAUACUUCGAAAGAGGUCCAGAAGGGAAUGACAUUCAGAAGACGAAUGUUCCAAACAUGAGGAUCGCCUUUCGACAUGAGACAUGGAUAGAUGAGAUGCAGUAUCUUUACUCGGGAAGGGCACGAAUUCCAGAAGAAAUUGAUCCUGCGAUGUGAUCGAAAAUUAAUACGGGAACCAUGAAGCAAAUUUUGCAUAGUGGGGUUAUACCGAGUUGGGGAGGGAUUCAGCGUGCUCAAUUUUAAAGAGGCUAUUCUUUGAAGCGUAAUGAGAUUCCAUUAUUUUGCUUUUGCCGAGGCGCAAGGGAUCAAAUCGCAAAGUUAUAUUAGUGAAUUAACUCAGUAUUUUCGCUUUUAAUAAUUAGCGCAAUCCAAGUCUUUUGGCUUUGUGGCUUUACUUAAUGGUAAGGAAAAAAUGUAGCUUUAUUGAUAUGAAUGAUCUUUUUUUCCUUAAAAACUUUUAUUUAUUUUUUUAAGCCGAAGGCAUGCAAU